AUGGCCUCCAACUCCAGCUUUCCGGGGACGAAUCCCUUUGCUGCCGGAGCUGCGUCGCCCUUUGCAAAGAUAUCCGAAGAGGAAGAAUAUGAAGUGGCUUCGCCAACCGAUCCCCGUUUCCGGCAUUCGCAUACCACUUCUGGCGGGACGGCGUCACGGAGCCCGUUUUCUGGUGGGGCUGGCAAUGACGAUAAUGAGGACGGCAGUGAUAAUAAUAAUAGCAAAGGCAGUACUGGCAGCCUCUUCGGAAGCUCCUUCCAAGACAGAGAAGGCGUGGGUUUCACCGCCGAUAUCACAUCCACCUCAUCCGCCCAAGGCUUGCCGAAUAAUUAUGCAAUGGGUCGACGCACAUCCGUGUCUGCCGAAUCUUUGAAUCCCACAUCUUCCGGGUCUGACAGCUGGAGCCCGCCAUUCCAUCCGAAAUCAGACGAUCAGGUAUCGCGAUUGAAGAAAGCCGUCAGCGGGAAUUUUCUCUUUUCUCACCUGGACGACGAACAUCUCAAGACGGUGUUGGACGCUUUGGUCGAGAAACCCAUCCCCGCCAAGGAUAUCAAAGUCAUCACCCAAGGCGAUGCUGGUGAUUACUUUUACAUUGUCGAAGAAGGCGCCUUUGGCGUCUUUAUUCAUCCAUCGGGGGCGGCACAAUCCGGGCUGGAUGGACUCGGAAAUCAAGUUGGGAGUAUAGGCCCCGGGGGAUCAUUUGGAGAGCUGGCAUUGAUGUACAAUGCACCACGAGCCGCAACCAUCCUCUCGCUAGAUGCAAAAUCCACUUUAUGGGCUCUGGAUCGCAUCACAUUUCGGCGGAUUCUCAUGGACUCGGCCUUCCAACGCCGACGCAUGUAUGAAGCGUUCCUUGAAGAAGUGCCACUCCUCGCGUCUCUGAAACCGUAUGAACGGUCCAAGAUCGCAGAUGCAUUGGACACCAUCAAAUACGCAGCGGGGUCGAUAAUCAUCAACGAAGGCGAUCCUGGAGACGCCUUUUAUUUACUAGAAUCUGGCGAAGCCGAGGCCACCAAGGCAGGGAUGUCUGUGAAGUCGUACUCGCGAGGCGACUACUUUGGCGAAUUGGCUUUACUAGACGAUAAACCUCGAGCAGCCAGUGUCAUAGCCAAAACAGACGUUAAAGUGGCGCGACUUGGCCGUGACGGAUUUAAGAGGUUGCUAGGACCUGUGGAGCAGAUUAUGAGGAGGACAGAAUACGAUGUCGACCCUUCAAAGACAUCUCCAUAA